UUUCCUCCUUAAUUAUUAAGUUACAGUUCGCCAAAUGUCCACGCGCUCCUUCCCUUCUUACGUCUCCCAUUUUCCCUCUUUUGCAAAUCUGCCCUUUGCUUUUUCUUUAGAGUUCGGAAUAACACUUGCAACAUAGAAAACAAAAUUAAAGAGAAAAAUGGUGAAGCCGAGAAGGGAGAGGGAUGACGCCCUUAAUAAUAACAGUAACGGUCGUUACAAAGGUGUACGGAUGAGGAAGUGGGGAAAAUGGGUAGCGGAAGUACGUCAACCGAACAGCAGGGGCAGAAUAUGGUUGGGUUCUUACAAGACAGCAGAAGAAGCUGCCAGAGCUUACGACGCUGCAGUUUUUUGUCUGCGCGGGGCUUCGGGAAAGCUUAAUUUUCCGGACAAUCCUCCGGAUAUAGCGGACGCCAGUGAGAUGACGCCUGCCCAAAUCCAGGAAGUGGCUUUCAGGCACGCGCGUAGAGUUACUGAAGAAGCGGAAGUGACGGCUGCGGCUAGGAAUUCUUACCCAGAGUGUUGUUUUGGCGGUGAGAGUGUUGGAGACCGGUCAGGUGGAGCUUAUUAUCCUUCGACUGGUGCUUGGAAUUUCUAGUUCUUCAAGUUUCCUUUCUUUUCUCCUCUUUUAGAAACAUUAGUUGAAACUGGUUAUUCCAAGGUCCCCUGUUAGUGUUAUAAGCAAAUUUUGAUUGGUGAAGAUUUGCUAGAAGAAAGAAAAAAAAAAUUGUAUCUGAGAAAGUUCUAUCAUGAAGCUGUGUUUUAUUGAAAUUGCCAUAUGAAAUGCAUAAUCAUUCUUUGUUUUCCUUUUUUCUUCUACACAUUAUCAUCGAUAGAUAUUUCUUUGUUAUCAAUAAGCUUGAACCAUUAGCCACUUGGCGAAAUUGCUGUUGUCCGUUAGUCCAUUUGUAACUUGUGACAUGGUGACUUCCAAUACAAGACAAUGGGAUUCAAAGCAAUCAGAACCAAGAUUUGUUGAACUGCCGAACAAGUUUCCUGUUUUUGAGUUAGAAAGUAAGAAGAAUAUUUGAUUGUGAAUGUUAAACGACCUUUUUCAUUGCGGCUUGACUUUGAGUAGCUUGGACAGUCCCCAUCUUGAGGUAACCGCAAGAUCUAUUGGGAUUGCCAAAGCUUGCAAAUUGGAUUAUUGAGAUACUAUUCCCACCUUGGCAUGCCAAUUUCAAUGAAAAUUCUCGGUUUGUUUUC